AUGUCGGAAUUAGCAUCUAAAAUGAGUAAGAGGAUCAGUCAGAGCAAACCCUCAACUUUCAAUGGUAAGAGGGAACCAUCGAAACUCGAGCUCUGGUUAAGGGAAUUUGACAAACUUUUUGAUGUAGUUGGAUGCCUAGAGGAACUGAAGGUCAACCAGGCUGCGUUUUAUUUAGUUGGUGAAGCCGACUAUUGGUGGGCAAACAGUAGAUCUGAGUUACUAGAACAAGUUGAUGGAGUCCUUAAUUGGGUUUUAUUUAAAAGGGCUAUGCGAGAUAAAUUCUACCCUUUGCACGUGAGAAAAGAUAAGUCAAACGAGUUCGCUCGUUUGGAGAUGGGAGACAUGACUGUUGAUGAAUAUUACCGAAAGUUUAUGGAAUAUAUUCAGUACUGUCCUGACGAUGUUCCCACCGAGGAGAAAAAAAUGCAGCGAUUUGAACUGGGAUUGUCAUAUGAUAUUUAA